AUGUCCGGACUCGUGAACAAAGCGAAAGAAGUCUUGACUGGCCACAAGACUCAAGACACCACCACCGGCCACACCACUGCUACCAAUGGCCACAGCAUCACGGGUGUUCAUGAUUCAUCGACCUUGAAUACCGGCCAUGGCAGUCACGGCGGUGGACACACCACGGCCGGGUCAGGCUAUGGUCACAACACCGCAAAUACCUCAGCGGGCCCUCAUUCCUCCAACCUCGCAAACAAGCUCGAUCCUCGAGUCGAUUCGGAUGCGGACCAUCGCAAUAAGCCAACCAGCGCUGUUGGUGGUGGAUAUGGUCAGUCAAGCUCCGCAUACGGCACGACUCCUGCACACAACGCUACCACCGGACCUCAUUCUUCCCACCAUGCCACCGGCACUGCUGGCGGGUAUGGUCAGAGCAGCUCUGCGUAUGGCACAACUACUGGGGGACACAGCGGAACGGCGGGGCCUCAUUCCUCCAACAUUGCCAACCAGCUCGACCCUCGCGUUGACUCCGAUGCUUCCAGCGCAGUUGGCGGAGGCUAUGGCCAGACUCAUGGAAGCUCUGGAUACGGCCCGACCUCAACCACAGGAGGUAAUGCAACAGCCGGUCCUCACUCCUCCAACCUGGCCAACAAGCUCGAUCCUCGCGUCGACUCUGAUGCUGAUUAUCGAGCCAACGCCCAUAGCCGCACUGGCGGAUAUUGA